AUGUAUAGCCAUACUAAAAGUAAUAAAUCACGAACGUACGGUCUAGCAGACGGCCUAUCUGGAAUUAAAAUUAGCUGGUACAUAACGUCGUACGUUUCAAAGUUCUUAGGAGAAAUAAUUCAAAACAAGCGACUUGAUUUCGAUGAAUACCGUUCAAGAGAAUCGACAAUAAGUGAAGCUUUUGGUCUCUUGUGGCAGAACCCCAAAACUGGAGAGUGCCCAGGUCGAAGUGGAGACGAUAGCCUUCAUGUAACUGCCGUUGCAUGCGCUCUGCUUGAUCUUUAUGCAAAGAGAAGGAUUGAGUUCCGAAAGAAGAAAAAUAAAAAAGGCUUUCUCCUCGGACGAUUAUUUCCCACCAGCGACGUUUUCCAGGAUUAUGUUGUAACGGUAAUCGAUCGACGACCAACGUAUACAUUUCUGGACGACUGUAUUUUCAACCUGAUUCUGGAUGCUGAAGCCGAGUACACAGCAAUAGAAUGGAUGUCGAGAUCACUAUCCCAUCCAAGUCACGUGCUCAUGGGCAUCCUCCGAAGUCUGGUUAAUAAAGGAAUCUUCGUCAUGAAAGUGGAGCAGGAUUCAAACGAUGUUCUCUUUCCUACGAUUAACACAGUAUUUAAUUCCACCUAUCUAGAUCCACAAAGAAAGCUUCGAGAUGAAAUCCGCAUGAUUGGGCUUCACAACCAUGUAGCCAAUGGAUUCAUGUGGCCAUUACUGAAGUUAACAAGAGGCCACGACCACGUCCCACUCUGCUAUGUCAAACUCGUCGACAAACUAUUCGACGAUGCAGACAAGGAUGGCUUGGACAACAUCGAUAAAAAUAUGUUCCCCGAUUGCAUCUGUGAAAGUGAAUGCAAGAAAAAGCAUAAAGCUUUUCGAGGAUGGAAAAAGAGAUCGACUGAUUCGUUUGACAGUCCGCUGUUUGAUUGAAUUAUUAGAUGAUUUGACAUUGCGUAAUACACCAUAUAAGCCUCAAUUUUUAUUAGUACUACGAAAGCGUUUGUAAAAAAG